GCCCCCAAAUUUGACAUAUACAGCAUAAAACCAGUAGGAGUGAGAAAACACAGAGAAGAAUACUUAUAGGUACAUAAAAACACAACAUAUAUCAAACUUGUCAGGUAUUACUGCAGUACGAUCUUGCUUGUUUUGUUUUUUUCUUUCUCUACAGUAAUUAACGUCAUACAUCUCCUCUCUGUCAGUCUCACAAAGCCCACAAGGGGCAGCCAAGUGUUUGAAUUUCAUCAGCAGACCCUCUCAGAACAGAGAGCUUUAACAGAUGAGGGUCAUUGUGCUCGUGCCUGGCAACGGGCUACGAUGCAGCUGCUGGAGAAGCAGAACGAGAACCAGAUCAGUUCUGUUCCAGGACUAUAGCACUACAGCACCUGUUUUAUAUACGAUUAUCUUAAAAAAAAAAAAAAAAAAAAAAAUUCAUGAAACAACUUUUGCUCCGCUUCCGCACAGUUGUGAGUAGAAUUCAGACAGCAGUGACAGGAGACAGCUCUCUGUCCACAAAAAACAUCUUUGAGGUGGAGUUGCCUCCUGGUCCAUUCCUAUGGUGGUCAUUCGGUUCUCAGCCAUGGGCAACGGUUCGAUAAAAGCCACCGGGGUUGAGGAGAACAACUGCCUGGCCUCUGUGAACAAAGUUCCUGCUCUGGACACAAAGGCCCUCAGAUUGCGGAUUGCUAAUCUCGAAGCCGCACUUGCUCAACGAGACCAAGAGUUUCGAGCUCAGACACAUCGGUUGCAGCAACUGCAGAAAGAACUGGAGGCCAAGGUCCUCCAGAUCGACAAGCUGGAGGACGCCAUAGGCUACAACAACACCAUUCUGGGCCGAUCUCCACCCAUGCGAUGUCACCGCAGCAAUGACUUCUUCAGUGUCAUCAACCAAGGUUCCGGCCGCUUCCACCAGGUGGCCGUGGAGGUCCACCGCAGACUAAAGGCCAAGGAAGGAGUCUCUGCAGAGCCCACCUCAGAGAACUUCUGCCCAGGACUGAGGGCAGAGCAGAACGUCACUGUGAAGAUGGUCCACAAGGACUCACACACAAAGAAACUCAUCAACGACGCCAUCGCAAACAACGACUUUCUGAAGAGACUGGAGCCUCAGCACAUGAGGGAGAUGAUGGAGAGUAUGUACGAGAAGGUUUACACCAAGGGGCAGCUGGUCAUCCAGGAGGGGGAGCCUGGAAACUACCUCUACGUCCUGGCCGAGGGUUUACUGCAGGUGGUGCAGAGUGGUAAGAUGCUCGGGGAGAUGCGUCCAGGUACAGCCUUUGGAGAACUGGCCAUACUGUAUAACUGCAAGAGAACAGCUACGGUGAAGGCCGUGUCCCAGUCUCACAUCUGGGCCCUGGACCGUCACACUUUCCAGACCAUCAUGAUGCAGACCACGCAGGCCAGACAUGAGGAAUAUUUCUGCUUCCUGCGCAGUGUUCCGCUGCUCCGUGACCUCCCAGAGGAGAAACUUGCCAAGAUUGUUGACUGUCUUGAAGUAGACUGUUUUGAAAAAGGAGAGUACAUCAUACGAGAAGGUGAAGAGGGAAACACUUUCUUCAUCAUAGCUAAAGGAGAGGUGAUAGUCACUCAGAGCACAGAGGGGUUUAUUGAACCGCAGGAAAUCAAGACGCUGACGGUCGGAGAUUAUUUUGGAGAGAAGGCUUUGAUCAGUGAAGAUGUGCGCUCUGCCAACAUUGUGUCCAACCAGAACGACACACACUGCCUGGUGGUGGACAGAGACAAUUUCAACCAGAUCGUUGGAACGUACGAGGAACUUCAGGCUUACUUGAAGGAAUACGUCAAGGAGCUUUCCAGGAGCGACCAGAGGAGAAACGCUCUGGCCUACUCACCUCAGCUGGACUCUGUGGAGGCUCAGGAGAUGAGAAGGCUUAGAGAGAAGAUCGCUCUACUGCCUCAACACCAGCCUUUCCAGCAGCUGGAGAUCGUGGCCACUCUGGGCAGUGGGGGAUUUGGACGAGUGGAGCUGGUGAAGCUGAAGGACGAAGACACCACCUUUGCUCUGAAGUGCAUUAAGAAGAAGCACAUAGUGGACACCAAUCAGCAGGAGCACAUCUACUCUGAGAAGAACAUCCUGCAGGAAAUAAAGUCUGAGUUUAUCAUAAGAUUAUUCCGUACAUUUCGGGACAGUAGGUUUGUCUACAUGCUCCUGGAGGUUUGUCUUGGAGGUGAGCUGUGGACCGUGCUGCGGGACAUGGGUUAUUUUGAUGAACCCACUGCCAGGUUCUGCACCGGCUGUGUCUUAGAGGCCUUUGAUUACCUCCACACCAUGGGCAUUAUCUUCAGAGACCUAAAACCUGAAAACCUGCUGCUGGACACUGAGGGUUACGUCAAAAUGGCAGACUUUGGCUUUGCUAAAAAGAUUGGUCUGGGAAAGAAGACCUGGACUUUCUGUGGAACCCCAGAGUACUUGGCCCCAGAGGUGAUCAUGAACAAAGGCCAUGACUUUGGAGCCGACUGCUGGUCCUUGGGAAUUCUUAUAUUUGAACUGCUCACUGGCAGUCCUCCAUUUUCUGGCUCGGACCACAUUAGGAUUUACACCAUGAUCCUCCAUGGCAUUGAGAAGAUAGACUUCCCAAGGAGGAUCAGCAAAAGACCAGAUGACCUCAUCAGGAGACUCUGCAGGUUUAAUCCAGUGGAGAGAUUAGGAAACAGAAAGGGAGGCAUCGUCGACAUAAAGAAACACAAGUGGUUCAGAGGAUUUAACUGGGAGGGGCUGAGACACCACAAGCUGUCGUCUCCACUGAAGACUGAGGUGAAAGGACCUUUAGAUUACAGUCACUUUGACCUGUUUCCUCCAGACACAGAAGAGGUUCCUGAGGAACUGUCUGGCUGGGACAAAGACUUUUGAAGAGACGCAUCAUUUUAUCUGCAAGCAACAGCAGAAGACGACUCCUCUGAGCUCUGCAGAUGGAGCUUCUUUCAGAAUAGGACAAAACAAAGGAGCAGAGACCAAGACAGAAGUUGAAGGAUUGGACAUUUGACCAUGUCUCAAACCCCGGGACAGACGUGUGUCAACAACUGAGGCAUUUUGUUUGUGGUUUGAUUUCUUUUCACAACGAUGUGGACCAAUAAAAUGUUGUUUUAUUAAACAUUUGAUCUGCUGUGUGGUUUUAUCUACAUCAGCAGAUGUUUGUUGUUCUGCUGUGGUCAUCAUGUACUGUACUGUACUGUACCGUACUGUACUGUACUGUAAACUGUACAGGACAAGUAAUUGAAUCCAGGAUCAUGGGGUGUGUCAUCACUACAACAGAGAACAAAACCAAGUCAGAAAAAAAAAAAAUCUCAAAAGACAGACGUGUCCUGACGUCACACUAGAUUUUGUUGAAUUCCUAUGUUUUUUUUAAAUACAGUAAACAUGUUUUUUUGAAUGCACCAAACUCCAUUAUCAAAUCAUGGAUUUUCCCCCAGGUUGUUGUUCCACUGCUGCCUCCAUCACUUGUU